AUGGGCCUCCCAGAGUCUUACACUGGCCAGAGCACAGCGGUCGAAGAGCCUGUUCCAAUGCACCACGGCGAACCUAUCGCCAUCGUCGGCAUCGGAUGUCGGCUGCCGGGCCAGAGCAACAACCCAUCGUCUUUAUGGGGGUUGUUAAAGAACCCAAUCGAUUUAUCUUCCCCAUUUCCAGCUUCCCGGUUCAAUUCCCAGGGCUUCUACCACGAGGAUGCCUCGCAUCAUGGCACUACAAACAGCAGGGGAUCCUACUUUUUGAACGACGAUGACAUUCAAAAGUUUGAUGCUCAAUUUUUCAACAUCUCGCCUCAAGAGGCAGAAUCAAUGGAUCCACAGCACAGAUUGCUACUAGAAGUAGUUUAUGAAGCCUUGGAAGACGCAGGAAUUCCCCUUGCCAAGGCCUCGGGGUCCGCCACGGCCGCGUACGUCGGGUUGAUGACGGCAGACUGGCAGGACCUCCAGCUUCGAGACAUGGACACUGCCUCGCGGUAUCUGGUCACGGGAGGGGCCAGGAGUCUUGCCAGCAACCGUCUCUCGUACUUUUUCAACUGGCACGGCCCCAGUGAGACGAUCGAUACGGCCUGCUCUUCUUCGCUGGUCGCCGUUCACCAUGCAGUCCAGGCGUUGCGUUCCGGACAGGCAACCAUGGCAGUCGCCGCCGGCACCAAUCUUCUGUUGGCGCCCGACAUGUAUGUGAUGACUAGCAAUCUGAACAUGCUCUCGCCGACUGGAAAAUGCCACAUGUGGUCAUCGGAUGCGGAUGGGUAUGCACGCGGCGAGGGUGUAGCGUGUAUCAUGCUCAAGACUGUAUCAAAAGCCAUGGCGGACGGUGACCACAUCUACGCCAUCGUGCGCGAAACGGGCGUGAACCAGGAUGGACACACAACGGGCAUCACCAUGCCUAGCUCAGCUGCACAAGCGCGGCUGAUACGUGAGACAUAUAAGCGUGCCGGUCUCGACCUGAGGCGAAGGGAAGAUCGCUGCCAGUACUUUGAGGCCCACGGGACCGGCACGCCGGCCGGAGAUCCGGUGGAGUCGCAGGCAAUCUGGGACGCCUUUUUCUCGUGCCAAGGACAGCCAGAGGCAGCCGCGGAACAGCUGAUAGUAGGGUCCGUCAAGACCGUUUUGGGCCACCUGGAGGGGUGUGCCGGAAUUGCGGGCCUGAUCAAAGUCGCUCUCGGCCUCCAGAGCUCUUUCAUCCCUGGCAACCUACAUUUGGGAACACCAAAUCCAAAGAUUGCCCCUAUGCUCGACUCGGGAAAGUUAUUAGUUCCAACAACAGGCCUUCCCUGGCCCCAGACGGACAGUUGCCGACGCGCAUCCGUCAACUCGUUCGGAUUCGGCGGGACCAAUGCGCAUGCUAUCUUGGAAUCCUUCCACGACCCCAGACGACAACAGCAGUUGCCACAGCGGCAAUCUAUCUCGAAAGACGCCGCUGGUGGCGCCACCGCCGCCCAGUCUCAGACGGUCACCGUUGUGCUUUCUGCCGCGUCAGAGCCCGCCCUGGCCGACCUCGUGGCAAAAUAUGCAGAAUACCUCGAGACCAACCCUGAUGUUGACUUGGAGCGUCUGGCCUGGACGACACAGAAAAGACGUACCCGUCUGCCCUACGGGAUACCGUUCAUCGGUUCCUCGCGAGCGGCGCUCGUCCGACAGAUGCGUACUGCCGAAAAGGCGUUCCGGGACGGCGGGCAGAUGGGCAAGCCGGGCCCUCCCAGCCCCAGCGGCCGGCGGGAGCUCCUGGGCGUCUUCACCGGCCAGGGAGCCCAGUGGGCCACCAUGGGAGCCAAGCUGCUGGACGCGAGCCCCGUGUUUGCGCAGACCAUUGCGCUGCUGGAGGACGUCCUGUCCGACACCAUGGCGGACGGCGAGACGGAAGCGCAGCCCUGGUCGCUCAGCGAGGAGCUCAGGGCGCCGGCGGGGAGCUCGCGCAUCGGUGAGGCAGAGUACGCGCAGCCGCUGUCGACGGCUGUACAGGUCGCACUCAUCGACCUUCUCCGCUCGCUUGGCAUCGAGUUUUCCGCCGUGGUCGGCCACAGCUCGGGCGAAAUGGCCGCUGCCUAUGCGGCCGGCUUCCUGUCCGCUACCGACGCCAUCCGGCUCGCCUACUUUCGCGGCAUAUUUUGCAAGCUGGGUCACAGUCCAAACGUCGGCGUCUCAUCCACGCAGGUUGGAGCCGCGUCCGAGGAAGCCAGGGGCGGCAUGAUGGCCGCCAACAUAUCGUGGGACGAGGCGCUCGAGCUCUGCGCAGACGAGCACCUCGGAUUCGGCGGCAGGGUUUGGGUGGCGGCCAACAACGCGCCCAAGAGCGUCACGCUCAGUGGUGAUCUGGGCAAGCUCCGCGAGAUGCAGACGCUGCUGCGGGAGAGGAACGUCCCGGUGCAGAUGCUCAGGGUCGACAAGGCAUACCACUCCCCGCACAUGAACAUCUCCGCGGACGCCUUCCGCGCGGUCUUGGCUCGCUGCCAUUUGGACGGGCCACCACCGCCACCAGGGCCAGGGAAGAAAACGCCCGUGUGGAUAUCGAGCGUCUUUACAGACUGGGCACCGCUCACUGCCGACGACGAGUCGGUGCCGGAUCUGGCAUGGAGCCCACACUAUUGGAUCGAGAACAUGCUCGCUCCCGUUCGAUUCCGCGAUGCUCUUGAGAGGGUGGCCAGACUGAAGAAGAUCGAGGUCGGUGUCGAGGUCGGCCCGCACGCCGCCCUCCGUCGCCAGGUGUCCGACACGUGGGUGGCAGCUCAAGGGCCCAUUGCCUACCAGGGGACGCUGGCUCGAAGCUGCAACGAUCAGGAGAGUUUUGCAAUCUUUAUGGGUUUUCUCUGGCAGCACGGCUUUGAUGUCGAUUUCGAUGCACCUUGUGCUUCAAUGGACAAAUCCCUCGUCGGCCAUGGCGCCGUCACACAAAAGGUCGGCCAAGUUGCGCUCACCGGUUUGCCGUCAAUGCCAUGGAUGCAUACCAGAGUCUAUUGGACCGAAUCCGCCCGACUGGCCCAGUUGAUCCGGCGCGGGCCGGCAGACGACUUAAUCGGACAUUGCAUCGAGCGUGGCAUUGUAUAUGACAACGAUGGCAGCAGCAGAGGUAACACGCGACUGGGCGAAUGGCGUUGGCGCCAAAUCCUCCGUGUCAGCGAGCUCCCAUGGCUCCAGGGGCACAAGGUCCAGGGUCAAGUGGUGUUCCCUGCUGCUGGCUACUGUGUCAUGGCCAUGCGAGCUGCUGAGCAACUUGUCAAGAGCCUUUCUAUAGGUAGUACCACCAGACAGGGUACUACAAAGUCGAUGGCAGAUGAUGGGGCUUUGGGGCUGGACCUGAUUGAGCUCGAAAACGUAGAUAUUGGGCGAGCCAUCAUUUUUGCGGAAAAUAACAGAGAUGGCAUCGACGUAACCGUUCGUCUCCAUGGCAUCACCGUCAACAAAGACGGCAGCCGGCAGGUCUCGGAUCCUGCACCUCCUUGCAUCAUAGACUCUUCUUCAACCUUGGAAGCUUACUUUUCCAUCCAAGCCCAACUGCCCACGGUGGGAGAGCCAGGCCGCCCCAACGAACCUUUUCUGGCAUGUUCUGGGCGCCUCGUAGGCACUGUUCGGUCUAGCCUUUUGCCAAUCUCCAACGCCAUGCCCGCAUACUUUGACGAUCCGGUAUACAUGCAGGACAUAUCUCCAUCGACUCUAUACAAGACCUACGCCGAAGCGGGCUUGCAUUAUUCGGCCCCUUUUAGACUCGACAGUCUCGAGCGGACCUUUGGACGUGCUAGAUCCACAUUGACGCAUGCCAAACUCAACGAGUUCACCACCACCACGUCUUGCUUCCCCGUGGCGGCUCUCGACAAUUCCUUCCAGACGGCUCUGUCGGCUUUUUCGGCACCAGGAGACGGGAGGCUGCUCAAUGCAUACCUGCCUAGGACCAUCGGGAGGCUGAGGAUGCAUAUGGCCGCCUUUAAGAACACGGCGACGCCCGGGUCUGGUUUCCUCUUUGACGCCACCAUCAAAGGGCGUCCCGAGUCAGGAGAUCCCGCAAAUGAGCCAACGUCCAGCUGGACCGCCAGCGUCGAAGGCGUCCUCGCCUCACCUCACGACUCGGCAACGGGUACGGCAGGAGGCCGCCGGAUCAUCUUCCAGGUUCAAGACCUCUUUUGUGUGAGCCUCGUUCCGUCCGAGGGUCCUUAUAGGGAUGGGAUCUUUACCGAAAAGAUUUGGGCGCCUGAUCCCGAAUAUGCUCUGUGCGAACUCGAGCUCGAAACAGAGGGGCUGGGCGACAAGGCACACCUGCAAACCGUGGAGGAGCUGACGCAUUAUUACAUCUGCCAAGUCUAUCAGGGCUUCAGCAGGGAGGAAGCAGAGUCCGACAAGACCCAGUGGUUCAUCAAGCGCCUGUGGCAGUGGCUCGACCAUGUGGUUGGCGUCAGCAGUGGCAGAGCAUCACCUACUCCCAGUGUUGAGCCGUUCCGCAAUCCGUGGGCCGAGGACCCGGACCGCUUCAGACGACUGAUGGAACGAGUCGAGCCCAUGAAGAAUCUGGUCGAGAUUCAAAUCCUCCAAGCUGUCGCCAACAACAUGUUGCGAGUGAUGCGGCAGGAGGAAGGCCCAACCAUCCUGGAAGUGCUCUUCAAGGAUGACAUGCUCGGGCGCCUGUACCGCGAGCCGGCCGUCUAUGCGCGGGUGAACCGCUACCUCGGCCGCGCCGCCAAGGCCAUAUCCCACAGGUUCCCCAGGUGCGACAUCAUCGAGGUUGGGGCCGGAACGGGAGGAGGAACCCAGGCCAUGUUCAAUGGUCUCAGGGGCGCCUACCACUCAUACACCUUUACAGAUAUAUCCAGUGGCUUCUUCACCCAGGCCAAGGCAAAAUUCGCAGACGAGGUAGAUCGCAUGGUCUUCAAGACCCUCGACGUCGAAAAGGACGCUGUGGAGCAGGGCUUCUUGCCGGCUGCGUACGACAUCGUGGUCGCGUCAAACGUUUUACAUGCCACAAAGGACAUUGGAAACUCGCUGGCCAACAUCCGCAAGCUGCUCAAGCCCGGCGGGUAUCUGCUUUUGAUCGAGGUCACCGCCGUGGACAAGGUUUUGGUGCCUUUUUUGAUGGGGGCUGUUCCCGGUUGGUGGCUGUUUCAAGACAAGUGGCGUGCGGGAACCUUUAGCCCUCUCUUAACUCCGACGGGAUGGGACACCGUACUCAGGGAAUCCGGUUACGAUACCGGCACCGAGAACCUCUUCCAUGACAUGUCGACGCCGGAUGAUCACCUAUCUAGUGUGAUAGUAGCGCGGGCCACAGAUGCCGACUGGAUGGAUUUUCAGAGCUGCCGUACUGCGCCAAGCUCCCGGUUCCACUCAGAAUCGAUCAUUGUAGUUGCAUCACCCGAUACCUACCACAGGGAUGCUGGGCCGUGCAUCAGUCGGCAGGUGGCUGUAGAUCUUUGCGACUCCAUUUCUGGGUUUUAUAACAGACAUGCAGCCGAGGUGGAGUACGCAGGAAAACAGCUUGUUAUCACCAUUGUCGAUAGCCUAGACAAGGCUCUCGCCAGCCCAGGCUUUGACAAGAGCAUGCUGGUAGUGCUUUCCGACCUUGAUCACCCCAUCAUGAACGGGAUAACACCAGCCGCAUGGGAGGCCCUCAAGUCAACGUUCGGCCGAGUCUCUCAGCCGAUUGUUUGGGUCACCCGACAAAGGCUCUGCUCCGGAGAUCCACACCAGAGUAUGCUCGUGGGUAUGGGUCGCUGCGCUCGCUAUGAAAAUCCGGGGCUCGUGCUUCGAUUCGUCGACCUGGACUGCUCGGACCGGUCGUGCCCGGGGCCAGCGGCGAUGCGUACCUUGGCACGCGAGGUGUGGCAGGCAAAUUUCAAGACUUCGGCCGGGGGAUCCUGGCUCGGCUCCGUGGAACAUGAAGUCUCCAUCGACAAGGAGGGUCGUCUUCUUUUGCCAAGAUUGGUAUCGGUGGAGAGUUCAAACGAGCGCUAUCUUGCUGGCCGACGCGGUCUGGUACAUGAUGAAGAUGAUGUGGAGGCUGAUACCUGCGGUAGUAACGAGGAUGAGAACGACUACGGUAGUCUUCCCGAGGAGGAACUGUCUCGUCCUUGGCAUCAGUCGGGAAAUCUCCCUUCUCCAUCCCUUUCAGAGUGGGCGGUUUCUCCAGUUCUCAAGGACCAUCAUCAGCCGGCCAGCCUUCUCCUUUCUCAUCCCAAGAGACUAACUCUUCUUGGUGGGCUCGGAAAGUCUCCCUGUUACCUAUCCAUGGCUCGACAAAGAACGACACAGGAAGCGACUUUGGUCUUGAGCUCCCGAUUGCCCGCACGGCAAAACUGCAUUGCCGCCACCUUUGCCGAUACGGACGACUUGUUUAUCCCACUUGGAAACAUCGCAAGGCGACAGAGUCUUGCAUCUGAUCACUCGUUCUUUUCCAACCUUGUUCGUCUUGUUGCUGCCGAUAUGGUCUUUCGGGGCCACCAUGGAGGCUGCAAGCAAGAGCCUGCUAUUAUGAUUCUUGAGCCAAACAAGUCCUUGGAACCUGCCCUUAUUGAGCUUUCUCGGGAAUGGAAGAGACCUCUGUACAUUGUCACCAAGAGAACUUUCCCUCCAUCAACACCCCUGGAAUCCCCGACAGAUGUCACGUAUUUGCACCCAAACAUGUCGCCUCACCGGGUUUCCCGCUUGCUUUCCCGGCACCGCAAGGGACUCUACCUGGACUGGACAUGCUUACGAGACGUGCCCAACUCGAAUGUGUCACCAGAGGAUGGAAAAGAAACACUAGGUUUCCCACUGCCCCGCGGCUUCAAGAAGGCGUCAGAGGCAGGCUUCUUGGGACGAGCCGACCUCAACAACUCCUUCGGCAGUGGCUUUCUGGAGAUCCCAAAGUUGGAGAAGGAGGUCUUGUCGGCUCGGAUGCAAAGGAUUGCCACUCUUGCUGCAGCUGCAGCUUUGUCGGUGACGCAAGAGGCUUUGAACCGCGACGAGAUCAAGCAGACUGGGUUGAUCGAUUGGUCCGCGCCCGUGGACGACGAAGGCCCUCCUCGAAUUCUUGAAAAUCCUCGCCAUCUUUUCUCCCCGGAUAAGACCUACCUGUUUGCCGGUAUAACCAGCGACCUUGGACUGUCCAUGGUCAAGUGGCUGAUCGAGAACGGCGCACGCAAAAUCGCACUGACGAGCCGGACUCCAGAACUUCCCAAACUGUGGCUAGACGAGAUGGCGGCGCUUGGAGCCAGAGUUUGUUCGUUUGCCAUGGACGUCACAGAUGCAGUCUCUGUGCAGACUCUCUGCAGCGAGAUCGAGGCGUCCAUGGGACCGGUGGCGGGCGUGGUCUUUGGCGCCAUGGUAUUAAAGGACACCCUGCUCGAAUCCAUGCCGUUCGACACGCUGCAGUCGGUCCUGGCCCCAAAGGUACAGGGCUCCCACCACGUGGAGGCGUAUUUCGCCCACCGGGCCCUCGACUUCUUCAUCUUCAUGUCCAGCAUGUCGGCCAUCGUGGGCAUCAGGGGCCAGUCCAACUACUGCGCCGGCAACAUGUACGGACGGGCGCUGGUCCGCGCCCGCCGCGCCCGCGGGCAGGCCGCCUCGACCAUCGACCUCUCGACCGUGUUCGGCGUCGGCCACUUCGCCAACGCCGGGCGGGAGACGCUCGACACGGUCCGCGCCAACCUGCGCGGCUUCAACACGCUGCCCAUCGGCGUGCCCGACGUUCUGGCCGCCUUCCACGAGGCCGUGCUGCGCGGCAGGCCCGACGCCCCCGGCACCGGCGACGUCAUUGUCGGGCUGGGGUCCGAGGAGGCGGUGGCUGGCCCGCAUCAGCCCCCCGUCCCGGCGGCGUGGCACGGCGACCCGCGCUUCGGGUACUUCACGGCGCGGGCCAGCCAGAGACUUAUGCAGGACGCGACUGCUCGGUCGCAGGGCUCUGGUGCUGCGCGGGACGGCUCGCGCGACGUGCGCAAGAAGCUGGCCGCCGAGACCACGGACCAGGGCCGGCUGGCGACGCUCAGUAAAUGUUUUGCUUUGGCGGUCGCCGAGACGAUGCAGCUCCCCGAGGGGACUCCCCCGCGGCUUGACGUGCGCCUGAUGGACUACGGGAUCGAUUCCUUGGUAGCCGUGGACCUGCGCGCGUGGUUUUUGAGGGAGUUGGAGGUGAGCGUGCCUGUGUUAAGCAUACUCAAUGGGGAGAGCAUAAGGGAGCUUUGCAAGAGGGUUUUGUCACAGAUGCAGUCUCAUUAG